AUGAGCGCCCCCAGGACCGUCCUCCGCGCCCUCCGCGCCUCGUCUAGCCGCGCAACGUACCGCGCACCCGCGAGGGCAUUCUCGUCUACGCGUAUCGCGCGCGAGGAGGCUGCGCCUGCUGUGUCGCCUAAGAUUGCGUCGAUUGUGGACUCGGUUGAGGGGCUCACCCUUCUCGAGGUCUCGGAGCUUGUGUCUGCCCUCAAGACCCGACUCAACAUCACCGAGGUCGCGCUCCCCGCUGCGGGAGCCGCACCAGCGGCCGCUGCCGCUGUCGACGCUGGGGAGGCGCCCGCGGCCGAGGAGAAGCCUAAGGAGAAGACCAUCUUCACCGUGAAGCUUGAGAAGAUCGACGCGUCCGCCAAGGCUAAGAUCAUCCGCGAGGUCAAGGGGCUCAUGCCGAACAUGAACCUCGUUGAGGCGAAGAAGUUUGUCGAGUCGGUGCCGCAGACCCUCAAGGAGAACGUGCCCAAGGAGGAGGCCGAGAAGCUCAUGAAGACGCUGCAGGACCUUGGCGCGACCGUCUCCAUGUCCUAG